ACGAUGCUUCUUGUCACUGGCUGGCUGACUCAUUGGCUUGUUGGCUUGUUGGCCGACGGGCUCGGAUUGAUGCAGAAUUGCAGUCGAUGCGUUAGUUUGCAAAUAUUCAAACUAACAUGUGCAACUCAAAAAGAGAAUGGUGAGGUUUUAACAAAGCUCUCGACUGUUUUUGGAUAAAAGUUGUUGGUGUGAGACACGUAAAUUUUGACUGACAUGGUUGGAUGUGGAGUGAUGAGAAGUAAUCCUCUCUAGGUGGUGAAGGACAUUCAUGUGGUGAAAAUGCUGUUGGAUCAGUCACAUUUUGCACAGGAAGCAUACAUUAAUCGAGGCGAUGUGAUUAGUUCCAGUCAUAUGCAAAAUAGGAUGCUAGGCUGUCCAGGCGAAUCUCAACUUCUGAUACCACUUCCACAGCCAUCUCCACCGCCCAUCAACAUCAGCCACACAUCCACGGCUAGUAGCAAUAACACCACCAGCAUUAUCAUUGCAGACAGUGAAAAAGACAGCCAGAAAAAGUCGUUCGAGGAGGACCAGUACUUGAUGACCAAAACUGCCAUGCACUUUCAUGGACGCGACCUCCAAGGCCCCGGGAGUGGCUCGUCGAUGGUGGGGGGAAGCUCGGGAGGUAGCCAAUGUCCAUCAGGGCGUGACAUCAAACCUCACCAGUGUCAACAAUGUCUCAAGGCCUUUUCAUCCAACCAUCAGUUAGUCCAGCACAUUCGAGUUCACACGGGAGAAAAGCCUUACAAAUGUUCGUACUGCGAUCGACGCUUCAAACAGCUCUCGCAUGUUCAGCAGCACACCCGGCUGCACACGGGCGAACGGCCUUACAAAUGUCAUGUUCCGGACUGCGGUCGGGCCUUCAUUCAACUUUCCAAUUUGCAACAGCACUUACGCAAUCACGAAUCUCAGUUGGAAAGGCUGAAGAAUCGGCCUUUUCAUUGCAAUAUCUGUGGCAAAGGCUUCGCGACGGAAUCCUCCUUACGCACGCACAACGGCAAGAAAUGUUCCUUCCAGCACACGGCCUUAGUGGGAGGACCCAACCCAACAUGCUGCCCGUUGUGUCAAAAACUCUGCAUUAGUGGCGAGGCCUUGAUGGAGCAUAUGAAGUUCGUUCACAAAGAUCCAAAUGCGUCGGGAGUGCCAGCCAAAAGAAGAAAUGCGAACCAUCCUUGUCCGGUAUGCGGAAAAUUCUAUGUGAAUGAAGGCAGUUUGCGGAAGCACUUGACUUGUCAUCCGGAAAUGGCCGGGCAAAUCUCAUCCCAAUUGCGUAUGUGGCCAUGCAGUGUCUGCACCGCGGUGUUCACCCACGAAAACGGCCUUUUGUCGCACAUGGACGAGAUGCGGAUGGAUGCCAAGCAUCAGUUUGCCGCUCAGUACGUGUUGAAUCGAGCGGCCAACGAGCGGCGAGAGAGGGAGGCAUUGUUGGCUGCGGCUGCCAUGAAUAUGCAACACUUUGCAAUGGCCGGGGGCAACAUGCAGCCUUUGUUGGGAUCGGGCUUGGCCUGCUCGCCCUCGAGUCAAUCGGAUUCCUCAGCUACACGGAUGUCCACUCCUGGAGAGAUGAAGAUGGAGCACUCUGGGCUUGGCGGCUCGAGAAACGCAUUUGGAUCGGCAGGAUCAGGGCGGCUGGCUCAUCAGCAAGGCCAUCAUCCCGACUACGUGCAUUCUUUAUCCCAAGGGAAUGUGCCCGGAGCUAGUGGGGCUCAGCAUUUCGAAUUGGGCAACGUAGGGUUGCUUCAGCAAUCAGGAAGCGGGUCAGUCAAGGCCCAUGGGAGGGAAGAGGAAAAAGUCAUUCCUAGCCCAGGGGGGGACACGAACAACUCCACAACCAUGGAAGAUGCACUCUCGCCAAAUCAUCUCCUUCAACAACAACAGCAACAACAACAGCAACAGCAGCAGCAACAGCAGCAGCAGCAACAACAACAACUGCAACAACAACCGCAACAGCAGCAACAGCAUGUUCAUCAAAUGGCUCGACAAAACGAUCCCCGCGAACCAGUCAAUAGGAGCGUGACCGACCUGGAUGCGACAAGAACUCUCGACUCAUUUGAGCGAUCUUUCGUGGCCCCUGGGGGGAUUGAGGGCAAUCCCCGUGUGCAAGUCGGCAACCCAAGAUCUGAUCCCGAGCAAUCAACCAUUGGGCAUCGAGUCGUUGAACAGGGUGUGGUGGGCAAUGUGGGUGAAUCCAGCCGGUCGUUGAUUUCGCCCGCCGUUCCAGUCGCCAGGGCUUCCUCAUCCGAUUCCUUGUUCAAACCAAGUGCGUUUGGAACGGACGACGGUGGUCCAAUGGCGGGCUAUCCUCCGACCAGUGGUUACUCUGAACUGCUCAGCCGAUAUCGAUUAGAACAAACAUUGAAACAUUUGCAUGGAUUCCAAGAUGCCAGGAACAUUGGGAUUCCCUUCUCCAGCAGUUCGGCCACUGGACAGGGGCCCGUAUGAAAAGAGACCCCUUGAAAUCGCUGUUCCUCUUCUAGAUAUUAUUACAUCUUCUUCCGAUCCAACAAGA